GGGCUAGAGCUCUUGGAGAAGCGGGAUCGCGAGACCUGCGCGCGGGCGCUCUGCGCGGUCGGCUCGGAGGCUGCGAGCCGCGGGAGCAGCAUCAGCACCAGCCGUAGCAGCAGCAUCCACAGCAUCCGCAGCAGCAGCAUCCGCAGCAGCAGCAGCAUCCCUGCGGCGAGGCCAGUGCGAGCCGCCCCGGGCCGCAGCCUCCUCGGAAGGGAGAGCGGGCGAGCCGGCGGCGUGCGCACUUUGCGGCGGACUUUUGCGAGUGUUUGUGGAUAUUUCCAUGCCAAGCCGUCAAGAUGAUGUCCAUGAACAGCAAGCAGCCUCACUUUGCCAUGCAUCCCACCCUCCCUGAGCACAAGUACCCGUCGCUGCACUCCAGCUCCGAGGCCAUUCGGCGGGCCUGUCUGCCCACGCCGCCGCUGCAGAGCAACCUCUUCGCCAGCCUGGACGAGACGCUGCUGGCGCGGGCCGAGGCGCUGGCGGCCGUGGACAUCGCGGUGUCCCAGGGCAAGAGCCACCCUUUCAAGCCGGACGCCACGUACCACACGAUGAACAGCGUGCCAUGCACGUCCACGUCCACCGUGCCGCUGGCGCACCACCACCACCACCACCACCACCACCAGGCGCUCGAGCCCGGCGAUCUGCUGGACCACAUCUCCUCGCCUUCGCUCGCGCUCAUGGCCGGUGCGGGUGGCGCGGGCGCGGCGGGCGGCGGCGCCGGCGCCCACGACGGCCCGGGGGGCGGCGGCGGCCCGGGGGGCGGCGGCGGCCCGGGCGGCGGCGGCCCCGGGGGCGGCGGCGGCGGCGGCGGCCCGGGCGGCGGCGGCGGCCCGGGCGGCGGGCUCUUGGGCGGCUCGGCGCAUCCGCACCCGCACAUGCACGGCCUGGGCCACCUGUCGCACCCGGCGGCCGCGGCCGCCAUGAACAUGCCGUCCGGGCUGCCGCACCCCGGGCUGGUGGCCGCGGCCGCUCACCACGGCGCGGCGGCGGCGGCGGCGGCGGCGGCGGCCGGGCAGGUGGCGGCCGCGUCGGCGGCGGCGGCGGUGGUGGGCGCGGCGGGCCUGGCGUCCAUCUGCGACUCGGACACGGACCCGCGCGAGCUCGAGGCGUUCGCCGAGCGCUUCAAGCAGCGGCGCAUCAAGCUGGGUGUGACGCAGGCCGACGUGGGCUCGGCGCUGGCCAACCUCAAGAUCCCGGGCGUGGGCUCGCUCAGCCAGAGCACCAUCUGCAGGUUCGAGUCGCUCACGCUCUCGCACAACAACAUGAUCGCGCUCAAGCCCAUCCUGCAGGCGUGGCUGGAGGAGGCCGAGGGCGCGCAGCGUGAGAAAAUGAACAAGCCCGAGCUCUUCAACGGCGGCGAGAAGAAGCGCAAGCGGACUUCCAUCGCUGCCCCGGAGAAGCGCUCCCUCGAGGCCUACUUUGCCGUACAACCCCGGCCCUCGUCGGAGAAGAUCGCCGCCAUCGCCGAGAAACUGGACCUCAAAAAGAACGUGGUGCGGGUGUGGUUUUGCAACCAGAGACAGAAGCAGAAGCGGAUGAAAUUCUCUGCCACUUACUGAGGAGGGUGUGAGGGGCCGGGUGGGGCAGACUGGGGAGCUGAGGGGUGCGUUUCUUCUCUGGCCUACUCCCCCUCACUUAGAGUGUCCGUUAUCUUGCCUGCAUUUGGGGAGCCCCUUCCUCCCCCUCUCCUCAGCCCCACUCUGCACCCUGCCCCAAGCAUCCCCCAGCCCAGAGGACAGGGGUGUUGGAUGUGGAGAGAGCAUGGGAUGUCAGGAGACAGCUGGGGGGUGUUUGGUUGAGCAGGACAUAGGGGAGGGAAGAAAAGCAAGGACUAGAGAUGGGUUUGGAGGAGCAGGAUGGUUCUGGGGACUAGGGUGGGGGGAGCGAUGAGGGAGGAACUCGGGAUGGACCGUUGUCUUGACCAGAGACACUUAUCAAAAUCACCUGGGGACCAAGGAACUGUGUACAAAGACAAAACUACCAAUCACCACCAAAAACAAAACACAGAACUCCAGACUAAUAAAGAAGAGGGAAAAAGACAAAGAAAGAUGCGUUAGAGUUGAAGUCGGGGAGCAGUAUUCUGCAGCUCCAUUUACCCCAAAGGAAGAGCAAUGCCAUCUCUGCCACUGCCCCAACUCCACACACAGGGAGUCACAGAUGGAAACCAAACUGGAGCAUGGAAUUCUAGAUAGGAAGCUAGUUGUUCUGUGUUUAAUUUUCCCUUCGAAAACUUACACCCACCCACCCAUGCCCUAUUGGAUUUAUUUCCUUUUCCAAAGAGAUUCCAAGGCUUUGCUCCAGCUCAGGAAGGCGCUGCUGGGGCUCUGUUCAAAGGGCUUGGGAGGCCGGCUGGUUGUUUAAACUGAACCUUCUUUUUUCCAGGAGCCCGAUGGCCAAAGUCCUUGGCCUGGUCUUGGUCAGGUGAGGGUCUUUAGGCAAUGAGAGUCGAAAAGACAGAAAUUAAGGUGUCUGAAAUAAAUGUUUAUUCUGGGAUAAUUACAUGAUAAUAACAACCACAGUAUAGUUUCUCUUUUUCGUUUUCGUUCAUGUAUCCAUGAACAGAUUAUCUGAAAAUAUUUUUUCCCUGUCAACCCCAGUCACAGAACUUUCCCUUAGCUGGCCCUUGGUCUUUCCGUUCAGAUCCCAGCUAUCUGCCGACCCCCAUUGCUAUCAAUUUUAAUGGAGAGACAGGGGUGAAACACCCCAGGACAGCACCUCCCUCCCCUUUCCAGUUGUCUCCACUGAGCAAGACUCAUCUGACUCUCCUAGGUCCCCUCUCUUCCUCUCUUGGAGAAGACGAGUUGUUGAAAAGCUCAGAAGUCUCUGCUCUCAUUUGGGGGCAGAAGCUGGCUGUAAGAAAAAUCACCUAAAACCCUGGAAGCGAGGAAGACAUUUAAAGACCCCAGGCUCUCCCCUCCCUCACCCUGUUUGUUUCAAAUAGGCCUGCAGUUCCCCGGGGAGAGCAGAGCGCUUGUUUCCUUGUUGUCCUUGUUGUUAUUCCCCGGGAUCAUUUUUACUGGGGAUAAAUGUUGAGGCGGAAAACACUUUAAUUUGCACUAUGAAUUUCCAAACUAGAAAAUCACGUAUGGUAUUUCAUACUAACAACCCAAACUGCUGAUAGAUUUAAAAAAGAAAAAUUAAGAAAGAAGGUGGUUCGGUGAAAUGCCUGCUUUGUGUACAACGUACUAUUUGGAUCUCACAUGGAGAUGGUUUGUGACUAUCCAUUUAACUAACUCAAGGUGAAAACAGAACAGACAGGGGGGGGAACACUACCGUUUAACAAGACUGAAAUCAUGCAUGAUUUGAAAGGUGCAGAGAGAAAUACGGUUAGGUCUCACUCUGGUUAGGUGUUGUUUUAAUUAUCUUGUGUAUCAUUGUUUGCAGCACAAACAUUCUAUGCAUUUGAAACUGAGCACUCAACUGGGCUAGCUUUCUGGUAGGCCGUUUUGUGGAUAGUGUGAUUUCACAGUCUACUGCCUGUUUCCACUGAAAACACAGCAUUAUUGUAAAUAUUUUCUUUCGCGCACAGGCUCACACAGUGGUUACAAACUGCCAGUGUUACUCCUGCAAUGUCUCACUGACUGGUCCUCCUGUCCAUGUUGUGUCUGCAGAGCUUUCUCCUUGGUUGUGUCUUUGCUCUAUCGCCCACCCCCCCUUUCUAUCAGAACCAUUUCUGUGCGCCAACAUACAACAGGGAGAUGCGUCCCAGUACACUUACAAAUAAAACAUAACUGAAAGAAGAGCAGUUUUAUGAUUCGGGUGCAUUUUUGUGUUUACACUGAGCCAAGUCCUGGUAGAGCUGUUCAACAAAUGAGACAAGACAAGCAAAAGCACCAAGCCAAACAAACAGACGGAAACCUUAAACCAAAACAAAUUCAAAACAAACAAGAAGGGGCAGAAAGAUACAUCAAAAGAAGGAUGAGAUAGAGCUUUUGCUUUUCUUUUUUUGUUUUUUCAGAAGUAACUUUCAGAAAACUGGUGCUCCGAGCGAGAUGAUUACUUGCCCAUUUUCAUCAGUGCUUUAAUUUUAAUUACAGAAACUCUUAAUCCACAGCCCUCCAUGUGGAGUGAUGGUGGCAAGCUAUGAGUAGCCAGGCACCUGAAGGGCAUUUAGGCUGAAGGUCAGGGACACAGGUUUCUGGGGGGAUGAAUGUACUGCUCUACAAACACUUCUAAAAAUGUUGUCAUUAAAUGGCUUUUCGUUGGCAGUUAGUAAAUUUUAAAAUUAUUCUUUGGUUUGUCCAGAUACCUUGUCAAAUGCUUCUCUUCACUUAGAGAUUCUGCAUUCCACCCGUUGCUCUAGACUGAGAAGAGAUUCUCUCUUUUUGGUGACCUGGGACUCGAUCAAAUGCCAAAUGUACAAACUUUCUUAGUAGCUGGGACUACAUCCUCUGAAGUCAUCCUAUUUUAGCUAAAUCUUUUUAAUUUCACCGGCAUAUCUGUGAAAGAAAAGUGGUGUUCAGCAGAGAAUAGUACAUUUUAAAAAGGUGUGAUUUAAAAACAGUUGUUAAUAUUUUAAAAAGCACUAGAGGUAUUUUUAAAAAUAGAUCUCUUCCAUCAAAAUUGAUUUGUUUCUGUUAUUGACUUGAAGUAUCAUCAGAGUUUCUAAUAAAAUACAUUUGUAAAAGAACACAUUAUUUUAUAGAAAAGUAUGACCAGAUUUCAUUGUUGGAGAUCCAGGAAUGAACAAAUAAAAAGAUUUACAAAGGUUGUUUUUCUAAUAAUCUGCUCAAACAGAAAUGUUGCAGGCAAAUACAUUUGUAUUAUAAAAUAAUGGAUAAUGUAUGUAUUAAGAAUUUAAGCAUUUGUUUUGUAUUAAGUAAAUCCUUGCCCAGUACAAAAAAGAAAGAAUAUUAUGUUAAUAAAACAUCAUGAAAACGCAUUGCUUUGCAGGGUUUCCUAUUUUAUGUAGUAGGAAACUGUGCAAAACAAAACAAAAGUUUUGCUUUCUGGUGAGUGGAUGUGUACAAGGCAAGAAGGAAUGAUAAGAAGGAAUCUUCUGUGUCUUCUUUUACUGUCAGCUCAGUUUAAAACAAAACUCCUGAAGAGAUGGCAAAGUGCUGAUCUGCGGUGGUUUUGGUUUUCAAAGUUCGCUGGUUCCGAAAGUCGGGAAAUCCACACUAAGGGGAUUUCCUCCUGCAUCUGCUAGUGGGUGGAAAUAAAAUGUGUGUUGCUGAACUCCUCUAAAGAAUACAAGUUUCAAAGUGGAGGAUUCUGUUUUAGAUUCUUAAGACACACAGCAGCACAACAAGAAAGGGAAAGAGAGAAAUAGGCAUUAAGUGCACCUGCCACGGUAAAGCUGUCUUCCUCUUAAAUUGCUUUCUGAACUCUUCUGUAGGUCUAAGAAAGGAUGCCUUCAGCAUCCAUCAACUAACUUCUGAAUAGAUUUGUGUCUAAUGCGUGUUCUGAAAUCACUCUCAAUUAUAAGCUUGUUA